AUGCCUCACGCUACCAGUCCUGACAUUGAGGAGGCUAUUCAGGCUGAUCAAUACGUCAAACUAAUUCUUUGCUUCGACGGUACCGGCAAUACCUUCAGCGGAACCAACGCUGACACCAACGUGGUCAAGAUUCUUCGAAAGCUUGAUCGCAACCACAAGAAACAAUACCAUUAUUACCAAACCGGUAUCGGUACCUAUGAUGUCAACGAAAACUCCAUCCACAAGACCCCGAUUGGUGAAGUGCGCAGCAGGGUUUCGAAGGCAAUCGACUCAGGAUUCGGAACCACCUUCGACGCGCAUAUCAUGGCAGGAUAUCGGUUCCUGAUGCGAUACUAUGAGCCUGAAGCAAAGAUUUACAUUUUUGGGUUCAGUCGAGGCGCUUUUACCGCCAAAUACUUGUCACGCAUGGUCAACGAGGUCGGCCUACUUUGCAAGGGUAACGAAGAAAUGGUUCCUUUCGCAUAUAGGCUAUACCAACGUUCUCUGAAGUGUAAAAGUAACGAUCGCACCAAGGCCGCCCGGAAAGGUGCCUCUAAUGAGAUGGAACCCGAGGCCCAGGCUUCUGAAUCUGGCCAGGCAGACACAGACCCUCUAGCGCAAGGUGGUGGACCUAACAUGGCACUCCCUGAUGCGUCGGACGAUGGAGAAGGCACAGAUGGGCCUAUUGAGGACAAUUAUCUUGCUGGCAAUCCUGUCAUCACGACAAGCCCGGAGACCAUCGCUGCGGAGAAGGAGGUCAAGGCCUUCGGUGAGACCUUCUGUCGAACAGAAGGUACUGAUCCCGCGGAGCACAGGAACAUCAAGGUUUUCUUCCUUGGUCUCUGGGACUGCGUCAACUCCGUCGCCAUGGUUGAGCGAAGUGCCCCUGCCCCGGUGGAGAUAACAGGAACAGCACAUCACGUCCGUCACGCUGUGGCUGUAGACGAGCACCGUGUCAAGUUCAAACCAGCCCUCCUAGCCCAGGACAUCAAGACCGUGAUCAAAAAGGCCCAGACACCAAGCACCGACAGCAACGAUAUCAAAGUCGCGAUCAAGGAUACUAAAAAAGAGGUCAGCGAAAAGGAGGACAUAAGAGAGGUCUGGUUCCCUGGUAACCACGGUGACGUCGGUGGAGGAUGGCCUGCUAUACCGAGAGAAAUGACAGGCUGGGCGUACUGGAGAUACGUUUUCGGCGGAACAAAGGUCAAGAAUCUUGAAAAGCCUCUCGAAGAUGAUGCUCUGCAAAUCAGCGACAUGGCUCUCGAGUGGAUGAUUCGCGAGGUUGACAUCGUUGGGAAACAACAUCCCGGCUGUCAAGUAAACUGGUGUCAUACACUAGACGCUUUCAAGGCUACCAUGGCGAUAACUGAAAAGGUUGAAGAUCAUGUCAUCAAGGGAUUCAUGCACAACACCCUCAGAUUUGGCUACGGCUCAUCGUUUCUCAAGGUUUUUAUGUGGAACCUCAUUGAAACGCUCCCAGGUAUUCCUCGCUGGGAACUGAAUGACUCGAAGGAAGACACAAUCCGUAACAGGGGAUGGGAAUUGUACAGAGGCAUGCCGAACUGGUCGGGUCGUCGCGAUAUUCCCAGAGGAGCCGUGCUGCAUAACUCUCUGAAGGAGCGACUCAAGAAGGUUGAAAGCUACAAGCCGCUGAACAACCACGGUUCAGGCGAACCCUGCUUGCGGAAUUCCAAGGGUGUUGCUGAAAUGAGAGACGUUACGUAUAAGCGUUUUGAUCCGAGUGGUAAGGAAAUCAAGGCUCCUGAGUGGGAUGCUAGGCACAAGAUUUGGCAGUUUGAGGACUUUCACGCCCAGCUUGCUCAGCCUCGUAUCUACUAA